AUGGAGGAUCCGGUGGUCUGCGCAGAUGGGCAUUCCUACGAGCGUGAUUUCAUUCAGAAAUGGCUGGCGAUGGGCAAGCGCUCAAGUCCGAAGACGAACAUGAGCCUUGCACACACCACGCUGAUCCCCAACCUCAACCUGCGCAACAUCAUCGAGUCCAUUCGAGUGCGUAUGCCUGCUAUCCAGUCCGAGCAGAUCAAAAGCAUCAAGGGGAUGCAAGACCUGGAGGCCAUUGUAACCUCCCUCAUGGAGGAUCAGGGCAAGCUCGCGGUGACCUGCAUCGACCCCACACGGCCGGCCGCGCCGUACACCGAUGCCUCGGCGCCGCCGCCGCCGCCGGAAUCCGCCGCCGGGCCCAUGCCGGUGAUUCUGGACCUCCUGCGGCACGACAGCAAGGAGGUGUGCGAGCGCGCCUUGGGCCUGGUGGACGCGCUAGUGGCGAAUCACCCGCAGCACCGGGAUGCGGUUUGGCACCACGGAGGCAUCCCGUUGGUGGUGAACCUACUGCGAGGCUCAGCGGAGCAAACGCAGAGAGCCUGCACUUUGUUGCGGACGCUGGCGAGCAGGCAAAGGGAAGCGCAGAUGGCAGUGGCCUGGUCGGGGGCGAUCCCCGUUCUCGUGGACCAUUUGAAUCACGACGUCGCCAGAGUGCGGACUGAAGCUGCGCGAGCCUUGUGGAGUUUGGCAGAAAACAACGUGGACAACCAGACCACCAUCGUCCAGCAGGAGGGCAUCCCCCGCCUGGUGCCGUUGCUGGACGGGGCCGCGCCAGAGGCCCGGGAGCCAGCGCUGCUUCUGCUGCUGGCGCUGGCGCCAGGGCAACAGGAUGCCCUGACCCGUGCGGGGGCCAUCGCCGCCUUGGUGUCGCUGCUCCACGACUCCGGGCUGCGGGAGCUGGCGGCGGCGGUGAUGAAGAAGAUGGCGGAGCGCCAUGCGGACAACCAGUCGGCGAUCGGAGCUGCCAGUGGAGCAGUGCCCAAGCUGAUCCAGCUGCUCAGCGACGAGUCCCCCAGCAUUCGGGAGGCCUCGGUGGGAGUGCUUCACAGCCUUGUAGCAGGUGGCCACAACAAGAACGUCACUGCCAUCUCGCGUGGUGGUGGCAUUCGGCCUUGCAUGGAGCUCCUGAGGGACGAAAACCCCGGAGCCCGCGAGGAUGCUGCAGGCGUAUUGUCGGUGCUGGCCACCAAUGCGGACAAUCGCGCAGUGAUUGCCAAGCUUGGGGCAAUCCCGCUUUUCAUUGAGCUGGUUGAGGACACUGAACACCUGGCACCUGCUGCACGAACGCAGGCGGCGGCGGCGCUGGGGAACCUCGCGGUGAUGAGCUCCAGCAACAAGGAGGCCAUCGGGAAAGCAGGUGGGAUCCAGGCGCUGGUGGGCCUGCUGAAAGAUAGUGAGGUCCAGGUGAGGGAGAAAGCCGCGUCUGCCAUGGGGACUUUGUGCGUGCUGAGCGACCAGAACAAAGCGGAGAUGGUGCGAGCUGGCGCGAUACCCCUGCUGGUUGAGCUCUUGCGGACAGAUGGGACCAAGAAGCCAGCCACCGUGGUGCUUCGCAGCCUUGCAGAAGAGAACGAGGCUCACAAGCACGCAGUACAAGAGGCCGCCUCUGCUGCCGGCGGCGACCUCGUCGCGGCCCUGAGGCUUUGA